AUGAGUUAUAAUCAGCCAUCAUUUCAGAGGAAAAUAGCGGUAUUAGGUGCAAGAAACGUCGGAAAGACUACGCUUACGGUAAGAUUUGUAGAAGAACAUUUUGUCGAAUCUUAUUACCCCACGAUUGAAAACGACUUUACCAAGAUUGUCCAGUUUAAAGGUAACAAUUAUACUUUAGAGAUAUUAGAUACUGCUGGUCAAGAUGAAUUCUCUCUUCUAAAUGCCAAAUCUUUAAUUGGUGUCAAAGGUAUUGUACUGUGUUAUAGCGUUUCCAAUAGGCCUAGUUUUGAGCUAAUUCCGGUAGUUUGGGACAAACUAGUAGACCAAUUGGGCAGAGACGAUCUACCAUGUGUUGUUGUUGCUAAUAAAAUCGACGUUAGAGACAGUGCUUCGUCCACGGAAUUCAUUUCUAGUCAAGAGGGCCGCGAAUUAGCUAAAACAAUUGGUAGUACGGAUGGAAAACACAAAGCAGGAUUUGUUGAGUGUAGUGCAAAGCAAGAUGUUAAUGUCGAAGGAGCAUAUAGAGCAGUAUUAGAAAAAAUGCGUCAGCAAGAGUUGGGUACUGGUGAUUCAAACGGGGACUCUAAAUGUUUAAUGAUGUGA